AAUCCACCUCUGAUUUAUUAUUAAAAAUUCCCAGUCGAAAAGUAACGCAUCUACACAUAUAAUAACAAAAUGACGGUUGAAAUAGUACAACUAGAACAACUUUUAAACGCGCAAAUAGGCGAAGGUAAAAAAAUAGUGAAUUCGAAAGUGUCCCCACUAACAUUUCCGGGGGAAAAUUAUGGAAGUGAAAUGUUAAAAGUGGAUGUUUCUAUUGAAGCCGAAGAUGGAACGCACGAACAAAUACAUCUCGUCGCUAAACUUAUUCCAAGAAAUCAUUUUGCGAAAAUAGUAUUCAACGUGCAAGUAUCAUUUAUGCUAGAAACGAAAUUUUAUGAAAUCAUCAUACCGACUCUGCAAAAAUUUCAAAGUAAACAAGGAUACGAAAACGUCAUUGAUUCGUUUCCGAAAUUUUAUUGCGCUAGAAACAAUUUACGAAUAGAUUCUAAUAUUAUUGACGACGAUGCUGUAUUGGUAUUGGAAAAUUUGAAAGCGAAAGGUUAUGGUAACGUCGAUCGUCGUGUUGGUUUCGAUCUAUCCGCAUCUAAGUUGAUUCUAAAAAAAUUGGCCGAAUUUCACGCGGUACCGAUAGCGUUGAAAUUCGUCGAUCCCGAAACGUUCGAUACCAAAAUAAAAGCCCAUAUGGCAUUCAAUUAUCCUUUAAAACCGUUUUCGCCUUUGAAAGGAUCGAUGGAAAAUAUUUACGCGCUAAUGAGCGAAUCCGAAAAUUGUAGUCGUCUAAUACCCAAAAUGGAAAUGUCAGUGAAAAAAUUUUCGAAAUUGUGCGACGAUAUUAGAGAACCGUUCGCGACAAUAGGUCACCGAGACUUGUGGGUUAAUAAUAUUAUGGUCAAGUUAAACGGGGAAGAUGUAGUAGAUUGCAAAUUUGUUGAUUUUCAAAUGUACAGUUACGAUUCGCCGGCGGCCGAUUUAUUUUUCUUUUUAUUCAGCAGCGUACAGGAAAAAGUACUCAGGAAUAAUCUCGAUGAAUUGCUCGAAUAUUACCAUCGACAUUUUGUGGAAACUUUGAAACUUCUUAAAUGCGAUCUUCAAUUUUCUUACGAGAAACUAUUGCAAGAAAUUACGUUUAGUACCGAAUGGGAAUUGGCUCACACCGUAUUUAUGUAUUUAUUCAUCAUUAAUGGUGGACAACACGCCAUGCCCGAAGGUGCGGAUUUCGAGAUUAAUUUAUCAAAAAUUCAAUUCGAAAAACAUAUAAAACGAAGAAUUAUCUGGAUGAUUGAAGAAUGCGAAAGAAGAAAGUGGUUGGAUUUUUGAUCGAUUUCAAAUUAUUAUAACUGCGUGUCAAUUUGUUGUUUAUUUUCGUAAAUCAAAAGAUAAUAUUAAAUAAAAACAAACAAACGAAA